AGGAGGUAUUUCUCGCAACACCGGCGGCUUUCGUAUCACUAUUAUCAGACGUAAACAAACAGGUGGCGUGCUGGCUGCUGCUGCUGCUCCGCCUCCCCAACACCCACACCGGCACAACCACACCCUGUCACUAGUUCUCAGGGCAGUUUAAAGCCUCAGCGUGGCAAGAAGAAGGAACAAUGAACACAACUUCCCAGGUCACCGGAGGGAGUGAGAGCAUGGCCGCUGCUAUAAUCAGGUGUGUCAACUUUUCGGCGGUGAAACACAAGGACCAGAGGAGGAAAGACCCAGAAAAGACACCGUACAUCAACCACCCCAUUGGUGUGGCCUACCUACUAGUGGAGGCGGGCGUGGAGGAUGUGGAUGUACUACAGGCAGCUCUCCUUCACGACACCGUGGAGGAUACAGCCACAUCCCCACAGGAACUGCAGGAAGCCUUUGGACCCAGAGUAGCAGGGUUGGUGGCUGAGGUGACAGAUGAUAAGAGCUUGGAUUAUAGAGAGAGAAAGCGCCUUCAAAUCGUCCAUACACCACAUAUUUCCAGAGAAGCCAAGCUGGUGAAACUUGCUGACAAGCUGUACAACCUUCGUGACCUUGAGAGGUGCACACCCCAAGGAUGGAGUGAGACGAGGGUGCAGGAGUACUUUCAGUGGGCAGCCAAGGUGGUGGCAGGCUGCCAGGGCACCAAUAGCUUCCUAGAGGGAGAGCUAGAGAAGUUGUUCACCCAUAGAAAUAUAACAGUUUGAGGAGGGGAAAGGAGAUUGAGUGGUGUUCAAAGAGGAAAAGAAGGAGCAGAAAAUUAAUAUAUAGUUUGCUUGCAAGAAUAUGACAUUUUGAUGGAGUAAGUAAGACUGGAGAAAAGAAGUGAGGAAAAGGAAGAGUGAAGCAGGAGUGGAAAAAGUAAAGGAAAUGAGAGGAGAGAAGACAGGAAAAGAAUACAAAGGGAGAAGAGAAGGAAAAUGGGAAAGGAAGAAAAGGGAAGGACAAGAUAAGCUAGUGUGUGGUAGGAUACAAUAUUGUUGUUUUUUCUUUGGGGAUGUGAUAUGUGAUCAGGAUGAGUGGAGUGGGAAAAGAUUAACAGAGAUAAUAAAAAUGUGAUAUUGAUGGUAUUGAUGAGGUAAAUACAAAAUAGUUCCAAGAAAAUGCAGUUGAAUAUAAAGAGAAAUACCUUAAUAUGCUGCACAGUUGUUUUUGUUGACUUACUAUAUGAAUGUGACCAAGUCUUGUCUAAAGUAAUGUCUAGUUGGGACAAAAAUGAUAUGUUGACUUUUUGAUAAUGUUAUGAAAAAAUAGUUGGGAUCAUAGUCCCAUGCCUUGGCCACUUACAUUGUAGAUGCAACAUCUCUUUUGGAUUCCUUGUGAUAUGCAGCAGGAUAUGAAGACAAGUGUUUUUUAGUCCCAUCUCAGGAUUCAGUGCAUUGACACAUUACUGAGCUGUAUACUGCAGCCUCAUGUACUCUUUAUUAUAGUGAUGACAAUAAACCAUACCAAUUUUU